GGCCGGAAGUGGGCGAGAGCGCCGCAGAGCCGAGAUGAAGCCGGCGGUGGACGAGAUGUUUCCUGAGGGCGCCGGGCCCUACGUGGACCUGGACGAGGCCGGAGGCAGCACCGGGCUCCUCAUGGACCUGGCCGCCAAUGAGAAGGCCGUUCACGCAGACUUCUUCAACGAUUUCGAGGAUCUCUUUGAUGACGAUGAUGUCCAGUGAGCUUCUGUCCAGCAGCACGCGUGGCCACGCCUUGGAGCAGUGUGGUGGCCCUGCUCAGAGGAAGAUUUCAGAUGGUUUUAACGAACUUGUGGAGACCCCUUGUGAUCAGGACGUGGUUAACCGGGGAGGAGAAUGGUCGUAGCCCCCUGGCUGCUGCUCAUCUUUGAAGCUCCUGUCCUUGUUUGUAUUAAAACAGCAACAUCAUCGCA